AUGCAGAACCGGAGCGAUGCAGAAGACGAGGAGGGUGACGGCGCCCGGCCAGAGUUGGCGCUCCGGGUACUGACGGGAUGCGCCCUCUCGACGCUGGUACUGUGCACACUUUUCGGGAAUGUUCUGGUGUGUGCCGCCGUCCUGCGCUUCCGGCACCUGCGCUCCAAGGUCACCAACACCUUCAUCGUGUCGCUGGCGGUCUCUGACCUGCUGGUGGCCGUGCUGGUGAUGCCCUGGAAGGCGGUGGCAGAGGUCGCCGGGUUCUGGCCGUUCGGAGCGUUCUGCGACAUCUGGGUAACUUUUGACAUCAUGUGCUCGACGGCGUCCAUCCUGAACCUGUGUGUGAUCAGCGUGGACCGGUACUGGGCUAUAUCCAGUCCGUUCCGCUACGAGCGCAAGAUGACUCAGAGGGCGGCGUUCGUUAUGAUCGGCAUCACGUGGACUCUUUCCAUCCUCAUCUCCUUUAUACCCAUCCAGCUGAACUGGCACAAAGAGGCGCCGCUGAGUUCCAACCGAACCGUUCCCGCCGUGAUGGAGGAGAACAACUGUGAUUCCAGCCUGAACCGCGAGUACGCCAUCUCCUCCUCGCUCGUCAGCUUCUACAUUCCUGUAGCAAUCAUGAUCGUAACCUACACCCGCAUCUACAGGAUCGCUCAGAUGCAGAUCGGACGUAUCGCUUCUCUGGAACGCGCGGCAGAACACGCACAGAGCUGCCGGACCAACAGCCGAUCACACGUGUGCCAACACCAGCAUCAGCACACCACGCUCAAAAGCUCCAUCAACCGCGAGACCAAAGUGCUGAAGACGCUCUCCAUCAUCAUGGGCGUCUUCGUCUGCUGCUGGCUCCCGUUCUUCAUCCUCAACUGCAUGGUUCCGUUCUGUUCCCGCCCGAGCGGCUCCGCCCACAGGAGCGCCGGGUUACCGUGCGUAAGCGAGACCACCUUCGACGUCUUCGUCUGGUUCGGCUGGACCAACUCCUCCCUGAACCCGGUGAUCUACGCUUUUAACGCCGAGUUCCGCCGGGCGUUCGCCAGUCUGCUGGGCUGCCGGCAUCUGUGCACAAGCACGCCGGUGGAAACCAUCAACAUCAGCAACGAGUUCGUCUCCUACAACCACGACACGCUGGUGCACCAGGAGAUCGCCGACGCCUACAUCAACAUCAUCCCCAACAUGGUGCAGGGCACCGAAAAUGACGAGACCUUCGACCGGAUCUCACAGCUCUCGCACCAAGAGGACGAGGAGGUUACGGACUCGGCAGAGAUCAGCCUUCACACGCUCUCGCCCUUCAGGAACGGGAUUCGCUGACGGCGUCCCGAGCGACAGCAAGUAGGAACGUUUUACACCCACGGAAACCAAAUCGUUAUAAAUACUGACGAGGACGUUCUGAUCCUCCGUCAUAACCAAUCAUCAUUCAGCUCCUCUCAAUCUGCUCCUGGACUGAUGACCUUCACUCUACUGCAGUUAAAAUAGCAGCUCAAUAACCACCGGCUAAUAAACACCUACACUCAUCAAU